UACCAACUCAAGCCGUGGUCAACAACACCAACUGCUUGAUGAAAUGCUAAGAAGAAGGGACAUGGAGUAUUAGAAACCCAAAAAAAUCUGACAUUGAAAUUGAAGGAUUAGAGAAAUGCCAUUCAAUGGAGUAUUACUGGUGUCAGUGGCUAAGACAUCAGCAGAAGUUUGGCAAUUUUUGUCAUGUCUGGCAGACCCAAUUGACAGCGAAGAGCUUUUGGAUCUGGUCAUCUGCUUCCCUCUUCAACAAUUGGGUCGCUUAGCUCUUUGUGUUUGGACUUUCCUUUGUGUCCCUCCUGACCCUUAUUACUAUCGCCGUUACUCUUACAAUUCUUAUGCUUCUUCUUCAUCUUCAUCACUUUAUGAUAACCAAGAUUUUGUUGCUGCGCCUCCUCCCCAAUAUUACUAUGAUUCUUCUUCUUCUUCUUCUUCUUCACAUUCGGAUUGACCAUCAUUACCUAAUCUAAUCAACUUGUAAAGUUCUCUUCUUCCUUGGUUUGUUUUCCUGCUAUUUUGCUCU